AUGGCUCUCACUUUGGAAACGGCCGGAACGAUUCCCGCCAGCGCCCCUUACUAUGACCUCGGUCAUCACACGAGGCAAAUCACCACCAAAAACCCAGACGCUCAAGAAUGGUUCAACCGAGGCCUCAUUUGGGUGUAUUCCUUCAACCACAGAGAAGCAGCUGCCUGCUUUGAGCAAGUCAUCAAGCAUGAUCCUGAAUGCGCCAUGGGUUAUUGGGGUGCCGCUUUUGCCUCGGGACCCAACUACAACAAGGUCUGGAUGGCCUUUGACGAAAGGGAUCUAAAGGUUUCUCUCAAAAAGUGCUACGACUAUUCUCGAAAGGCCAAGGAGCUUUCCUCCGCUGCUACUCCCGCGGAACAGGGUCUCAUCGAGGCCCUUCAACAUCGCUUUCCAAGCACCGAGCCACCUAAAGAUUUCACACCUGCUGUUCUGGCGUACGCCGACGCCAUGAGACAGGUUCAUUGUCGUCUUGGGAAAGAUGACUUGGACGUUAUUACACUCACGGCUGACGCAUUGAUGAACACGGCGCCUUGGAAGCUUUACGAGGCCAUGACAGGAAAGCCCAACUUGGAAACCCCCGUUCUGGAGGUUCACAACGUGCUCGAGCGCGGUCUGGAGCUUCCAAGUGCAAAGAAGCACCCCGGAAUCCUUCACAUGUACAUCCACCUGGUUGAGAUGUCUAACAGCCCAGAGAAGGGCAUCCGGGCAGCUGAUUACCUACGCAACCUUGUCCCUGAUGGUGGCCACAUGGCUCACAUGCCAAGUCACAUUGACGUGCUCGUCGGAGACUAUCGCCGAGCCCUGUACACCAACCUCGCUGCCACAAUUGCCGACGACAAGUACUACGCCCGAGAGGGCGGCAAGAACUUUUACUCAUUUUACCGCAUGCACAACUAUCACUCGCUGAUCAACGGGGCCAUGAUGGCAGGCCAAGCCCGUGAGGCCCUGGAGGCUACUGCACGCAUGGAGGCCACCAUCACCGAGGACAUGCUCUUGGUCAAAUCACCUCCACUGGCCGAUUGGCUCGAGUACUUCAAGUCAGUUAGGGUGCAUGUUCUCAUUCGCUUUGGAAUGUGGGAGGAGCUGAAGAAACUUCCCCUCCCAGAGAACAAGGAGCUGUACUGUGUCACGGUGGCUUCGGCGCAUUACGGCAAGGGCAUCGCUUGGGCUGCUACCGGAAACAUUGAGGAGGCUGACAAGGAGCGAGAGCUCUUCCAUGAAGCCCUCAAGCGCGUUCCUGAGACACGACUCAUCUUCCCCAACAAGGUUCUCGAUGUGUUCCAGGUCGCCGUGGCGAUGCUUGACGGAGAGAUCGAGUAUCGACGCGGUGACUACAAGCGAGCUUUUGAGAGCCUGCGUCUAGCGAUCGAGAGAGACGACUCACUAGUCUACGCGGAGCCUUGGCCCUGGAUGCUCCCGGCCCGCCACCCAUACGCGGCUCUACUUCUUGAGCAGGGACACGUCGAGGAAGCGGCACAGACUUACGCCGAGGACUUGGGACUCGACGACAAGCUGGUUCGAGCUCUUCGGCACCAGAACAACAUCUGGGCGCUCCAUGGGUAUCACGAAUGUCUAGUCCGUCUUGGACGCACAGCCGAGGCACGCAUCAUACAGACGCAGCUCGCCAUCGCUGCAGCGGGCGCGGACAUUGAGAUCAAGUCCUCUUGUUUCUGCCGACUGGAGACAAUGGAGAAUGGAAAACAGAGCUGCUGCAAGUAG